AUGGAGGCAGAAAUCAUAAACUUAACCAAGGUAUGGUUAACCGUCUUUAUUUCUCUCGGUUACUGCCACGCCACCGCCAAACUCCUCAAUCCCGGCCCAGCCCGCUUCCUCGCCAUCGCUCCCGUCGUCCUCAUCUUCUUCCUCCUCCCUCUCCAACUUACCUCCAUCCACUUCGGCGGCGCCACCUGCUUCUUCGUAACAUGGCUCGCCACCUUCAAGCUUCUCCUCCUCACUGCCGGCGACGGCCCUCUCUCCACUACCCCGCCGCUUCCUCUCCACCGAUUCAUAGCCAUAUCUUGCUUGCCCAUCAAGAUCCUAGAAAACCCCUCGGAGAAAUCGGCCCCCAAGAAUAACCGAGCGGAAACCCUGAACGAAAAACCCAAAUCGUUUCUGAACUACUCAAUUAGAGCCUUAAUCGUUGUUCUGAUGGUGAAAUUGUACGAUUACUCUCACUUUUUCCACCCGAAACUUGUUCUGUUCAUUUAUAGUUGGCACGUUUACCUUCUCCUUGAGAUUAUUCUGGCGAUCACGCAGUUUUUUGGUCGUAAUCUGCUCGGAAUCGAGCUGGAACCGCAAUUUCGGGAUCCGUACUAUUCGACUUCGCUUCAGGAUUUUUGGGGAAGGCGAUGGAAUCUGAUGGCGACAAAUAUUCUUCAGCCGGCGGUUUACAAGCCAACGGUGAAGAUAGCUGCUAGGGUAAUAGGGAGGAUGUGGGCGCCGUUGCCGGGGGUGAUGGCGACGUUCUUGGUGUCGGCAAUGAUGCACGAACUGAUAUUUUAUUAUUUGGGGAGAAUGAGGCCGAACUGGGAGAUCACGUGGUUCUUUGUUAUACAUGGAAUUGCUUUGACGGUGGAGAUUAUGAUGAAGAAGAUGUUGCCAGAGAAGCGGAGGUUACCGGCGAAGGUGUCGGUGCCGGUGACUCUAGUUUUCAUAUUCUCGACGGCGAUUUGGUUGUUCUUUCCGCAGUUCGUGAGAUUGAGGUUGGACGUGAGAGCGUUUGAAGAAUACGCCGCGUUGGCUAAUUUUGUCAAGAAGGUGGCUUUCUCAUUGGUCGGUUGA